AUGAAAGAACCCAUCUCAUGGUCGCAGCAAGAUAUAGAGCUCUCUCCCUCGCAAAAUAGCCUCGACAAACCUGCGAUAAGCGAAAAGUCCACCACCGCCAACCAUGCCCCCCAGACAUCACCUCCAUCCGAUACCCCCGACCGCGACGAAAUAUCUCGAGAUGCGCAGGCCGGCGUGCAGGAUGUCGAAGCCCUCGCGAAAGUUUGGACAAGGAACCAUCUCAUUCUAGCUUACAUCACCAUCUGGUGCAUCCACUUCACUGACGCCCUCCACCAAGGCAUGUCGUCCAUCUUGACCCCUUACGUAACCUCUUCCUUCCAAUUGCACUCCCUGACCGCGGCUACAUCUAUCUUUGCGAGUCUUGUCGGUGGGCUGUUCAAGCUGCCUCUCGCAAAGAUCCUCGAUAUAUGGGGACGACCACAAGGGUUUGUGUCCAUGCUUGCGUGCUUGACGAUCGGAUUAGCCAUGAUGGCGGGGUGCAGGGGAGUCGAUAUGUAUGCUGCUGGGCAGGUGUUCUAUUGGGUUGGGUAUAACGGGAUAAGCUACACGAUAUCGGUCUUUAUCGCGGAUACAUCGGCGCUAAAGAAUAGGGCGCUGAUGUUUGCGUUCGCCUCGUCGCCUUAUAUCAUCACGGUUUGGAUUGGAGGCCCGUUGGCGAAUGCUUUCCUUAGGGGGCCCGGAUGGAGGUGGGGGUUUGGAGUUUUUGCUGUUGUUACGCCUGUUAUUUGCAGUCCGUUGCUGGGAUUGUUUUACAUCAAUUAUCGCAAGGCCAGAAAGAGGGGGUUGAUUCCCGCGCGCAGGGGGGGUGGUUCUGCGAGGUCGUGGAGGGAGAAAUUGAAGUACUACGCCAUCGAGUUCGAUGUCCUCGGCCUGCUCCUCAUCACAGCCGGGCUAGCAUUCUUCCUCCUCCCAUUCAACCUCUACACCCGCCAACCUUCCGGUUGGAAGUCCCCUCUCAUCCUCUCCCUCCUGAUCAUCGGCUUCCUCCUCAUCCCCCUCUUCGCCCUCUACGAACGCUUCUUCGCCCCGAAAACAUUCAUCCCCUACUCUUUAUUAACUGACCGUACCGUUCUCGGAGCGUGCGUGCUUUCUGGAGUACUGUUUGUAUCCUUCUACAUUUGGGACAGCUACUUCUCCUCCUUUCUGCAAGUCGUCAACGGUCUAGACGUGACGCACGCCAGUUAUGUGAUGAACAUAUACUCCAUCGGGAGCUGUUUCUGGUCGCUUGUCGUCGGUGUCGCGGUCAGAUGGUCGGGGCGGUUCAAAUGGUUGGCACUAUACUUCGGUGUACCGGUCACGAUACUAGGCGUUGGGCUGAUGGCUGCGUUCCGUCAGCCGGACGUGAAUAUUGGUUAUGUGGUUAUGUGUCAAAUUUUUAUUGCCGUUGCCGGGGGAACCUUGGUGAUCUGUGAGCAGAUGGCUGUGAUGGCAGUAACGACGCAUCAAUAUAUCGCUGUUGUGUUGGCGGUGGAGGCGAUGUUUGCCAGUGUGGGAGGUGCCAUAGGAUCAACCGUAGCAGGGGCUAUAUGGAGUGGGAUUUUCCCCACAAAGUUGGAGAAGUACCUCCCAUCCGAAAGCAGGGCUAGUUUGGCGGAGAUUGUCGGCUCGCUGCCGAAGCAGCUCUCUUAUGAGAUUGGGAGCCCAACGAGGAAGGCGAUUCAAUGGGCGUAUGGGGAUGCGCAGAGGAUUAUGAUUAUUGCGUCUACGGCGGUGCAGGUUAUUAGUUUUGUGUCGGUGCUGGUGUGGAGGGAUGUGAAGGUUAAGGAUUUUAAGCAGGUCAAGGGGCUUGUUGUCUAG